AUGGAGCUUGAAACAAUGAGCAGAUACACCAGUUGGGUGAAUCUGGCAGUGUUUUUACAUCUCACUGUGGUGCUCCUGGCCAUUGGCAUGUUCUUCACAGCUUGGUUCUUUGUUUAUGAAGUGACAUCCACCAAGUAUACCCGGGACAUUUCUCAUCUCUCAUCUACUAUUUCUCAACUACUCAUCUCUCUAGUAGCAUCACUCUUCAUGGGCUUUGGAGUUCUCUUCUUAUUGCUGUGGGUUGGAAUCUAUGUGUGACAGUAGUUUGGAGCUAUUUCAGAAGCCUUUCUGUACCUCCUUUUUACUUUUUUAUUGAACAGUGUGGCUUAUCACAGUUCUGGACUAUAAUUCUAACAUGUGAGAAUUCUAACAUCAGAUCAAUAAAUCUGAAUCUGUGAUAAGCUGGAGAAAAAAAAGAAGAAGAAAAAGAGAUGUUCUGGUAGUCAAUGAUGA